GUAGCAACAUUCAAUCUGCAAAUAACAUUAAUUUUAGCUACUUAGAGGGAAAGAGAAGGGAGGAAACUGGCUGCCUGAAUCUUGGGUUACAUGGAAGAGGUGACUCGAGUAGCCCCUGAGGAUGUCUCUGGGAUGCUUUGCAAAGGAAGUGGGGGCUGGGGUACUUCUUUCACGAGUCGCGCUCGAGUUUGGUGUGGAGCGUCCCCCAGGGAGCAGAACUGCCGCCAGGAAGAUCCUUCAGUAGGGAUCGAGGUGUCAGGAAACAGCCGGCAGCUGUUCCAGGGAAAGGCAAGGAAGAGUGGUGUGAAAAGAAGCCCUCGGUGCUUGUGCAAAGAGAAGCUCCUGUUGCAACCUCUCUCCCUGCGCUGUGCGCCUCGGUCCAUGCUUUUCCACGGGAUCUCCGGAGGCCAUAUCCAAGGAAUCAUGGAGGAGAUGGAGAGGCGAUCCAAGACCGAGUCCCGCCUGGCCAAAGGGGGACAGAUGAACGGCCGAGAAACGAACAUGCCCCCAAUGAGCCCCGAGAAGCCUGCUUUGUGUGCUGGUUGUGGAGGCAAGAUCUCAGACAGAUAUUACCUGCUGGCUGUUGACAAACAAUGGCACCUCAGGUGUCUUAAAUGCUGUGAAUGUAAACUGGCUUUGGAGUCAGAACUCACCUGCUUUGCCAAGGACGGCAGUAUUUACUGCAAGGAGGAUUAUUACAGAAGGUUCUCCGUGCAGAGAUGUGCCCGCUGCCACCUUGGGAUCUCAGCCUCUGAAAUGGUCAUGAGAGCCAGGGAGUCGGUUUAUCACCUGAGCUGCUUCACCUGCACCACCUGCAACAAGACUCUGACCACAGGAGAUCACUUUGGCAUGAAGGACAACCUGGUUUACUGCAGGGCCCACUUUGAGUCCCUUUUGCAAGGAGAAUAUACUCCUCAGCUGAGCUACACUGAGCUGGCUGCCAAGAGUGGAGGGCUGGCCCUGCCUUAUUUCAACGGCACUGGCACAGUCCAGAAGGGGAGGCCCAGGAAACGAAAAAGCCCUGCCUUGGGAGUGGACAUCGUCAACUACAACUCAGGUUGUAAUGAGAAUGAGGCAGAUCACCUGGACAGAGACCAGCAGCCUUAUCCCCCAUCCCAGAAGACAAAACGUAUGCGCACCUCCUUCAAACACCACCAGCUUCGUACUAUGAAGUCCUACUUUGCUAUCAACCACAACCCAGAUGCCAAGGACCUCAAGCAGCUUGCCCAGAAAACAGGCCUGACCAAAAGAGUUCUGCAGGUUUGGUUUCAAAACGCAAGAGCCAAAUUCAGAAGGAACCUUUUGCGGCAGGAGAAUGGGGGUGUCGAUAAAGCUGAUGGCACCUCACUUCCGGCACCGCCCUCAGCAGACAGCGGCGCACUCACUCCACCCGGCACUGCGACCACUUUAACAGACCUGACCAAUCCCACUAUCACUGUAGUGACAUCAGUGACCUCUAACUUGGACAGCCACGAAUCCGGGAGCCCCUCACAAACUACCUUAACGAACCUUUUCUAACAUUUCAUUUAUUUUUUAUUUUAUUUUAUUUUAAAAAAAUUCUUACUCUUCUUCUUUAUUAUUAUUAAUUAUUAUUAUUAUUUUUAUUAUUUUCAAGCCUUUUUUUUUUUAAUAAAAAGAAAAAGAAAAAAAGAAAAAAACAACCAACAACAAACCCACAAAAUUAUUUGGGAAAAUAAACAGCUUGAUGUGUAGCAUCUGCAGCCACUUGGCAAAUGAGUUUGAAAUAAUAUGUUGCUAUUAGAAAUGAACAUUUACUGUUGUUAAAUUGUACUCAAUUUUUUAACAUUAAUCAAGUAACUGAAGAGAAGGUUAUGAUUCACUCUGAUAAGUGCCUCUUAAAAUUGUAUGUUACUUAUUUCCACAACCUUGAAAAAAAUUACUACCACUAAAAAAAAAAUAAGAAGAAAAAAAGAAAGAAAUUCUUUUCUCGCCUUGAUAACGACAUAAAAAUCAGUUUAAUUAUAGCGAGUAGAACACUGCUGCAGGAUUGUAUGUUCACUUGCCACAUUUAAAUGCCCCAAAUUUGAGUUUAUUUUAGAAAAAGUUUUUCAUGAUUUAUUUUUUAAAUGUUGAAAAAUGAGUAAAAAAUUAAUUAUACUAAUAAGUGCAACAGUCAGGCUGGAAGUACCAGUGAUUUUUCCUAAUGCAUUGGUCACAAGCCUGAUCCUUCCUGAGAACUGGGAAGUCUCACUGGGAUAGCUCCUCUGCCAGUUCUUCACUGGGACUUUCUUGGCCACCACUGAAAUCUGUACCUGGAUGGAGGGCUUGGAGAGAGACACCCAGUGAUGAGAGUGCACAUGGGUGAGGACGGCAGGAUCAGGCUAUUAGUCUCCAAAUUUGUGUCCUGCAUAUUCUUAAGGAGGCAAGAUGCAGAAAAUGCCCUCCAGAAUGAGCUCACUCUAACUAAAAUAUUGUUAAAGUAAUAAUAAUAAC